AUGUCCACCGCCCCUGCCUUCCCAACAACCCGCCUCACAACCCUGCAACCCCCAACCAACAGCCCAAUCCACGCCCUCACCUACUCCUCCGGCACGGGGCAAUUCCUCCUCACAGGCAGCGCGGACCGGCAAAUCCGGCUCUACAACCCCACGUCGACCAAACGCCCGCUCAUCCAAACCUACGCAGCGCACGGGUACGAAGUGCUCGACCUCGCCGUGAGCGCCGACAAUUCGCGCUUCGCGAGCGUGGGCGGCGACAAGCUCGUGUUUCUCUGGGAUGUCAGCACCGCGCAGACUACGCGGCGGUUUGGCGGGCAUGCGGGGCGGGUGAAUGCUGUUUGUUUUGGCGGGGAGGAUUCCGGUGGCGCGGGGGAGAGUGUGGUUGUUAGUGGGAGUUUUGAUGGGACGGUCAAGGUGUGGGAUUUGCGGAGCCGGAGUGAGAAGGCGAUUGUGACAUUUGCGGAGGCGAGGGAUUCCGUUAGUUGUGUGCGCGUUGUGGGCGGGGAGAUUUAUGCGGGGAGUGUGGAUGGGAAAGUCAGGGUUUACGACCUGGCUCUGGGAUGCGUGGAUGUGGAUGUGCUGGGGGCGAGUGUGACGGCUGUGACGCCUGCGAAGGCUGGGGACAGCUAUCUGGUGUCGACGCUGGAUAACAAGCUGCGUCUGAUGGAUCGCACGCAGGGGAAGUGUUUGCAGACGUUUGAGCACACGGGGUUCAAGAAUGACACGUAUCGCGUGCGGUCUACGCUGGCUAUGGCGGAUGCGUAUGCGGUUAGUGGAGCGGAGAAUGGGAAGGUGUGUGUUUGGGAUGUGUUGAGUGGGGAGCUGAAGGAGGAACUGUGGCAUAUGGAGGGAGAAGAGGCGAAAGAGGCGACGAAGAAGAGCGUCGUCAGUGCUGUGGCCUGGAACCAGAUGCGCAAGCAACUGGCUAGCGCUGGUGGCGAUGGCACAGUAGCAGUCUGGGGAGUGAGUGAGUGA